AGGCGGCUGUCAGGAACGCUCGGGCGGCAGGUGUUGCCAUACCACUUAGUGGUAUGGUGGAGUUGGAGAAGGAGCGGCCAGGGCAGCAGGAGAUGGGUCGUGAAGGGCGACAAAAACUACGCAAGCAGGCCGUGGACGGUUUGUGCUCGCCAUGCGAAGACCCGGACCUCUGCCUCAGCUACGCACUGUGCCCCCUCUGUCGCCAGGCUGACACCUGGCACACCUUGGGAGUGCCGGAGUGGCAAGGCUAUUGGAAGGUCCUAGCGGCCUACGUGCUUUGCCCCUGGUUUUGGCCCUGCCUCAACUUCUACGCCCGCUACCGGAUUCGGCAAGCCUUCCGGAUCCACCUCGAGCCCCACAGGGACUGCAUCAUCCAUUGCCUGUGCUGCUGCUGCUGCACUCCCUGCGCUCAUUUGCAAGAGGCGCGCUUGGUGGACGCUCCGAUGCUGUACUUCCACUGCAAGCACAAGUUGGCCAACUUCCACUUGAAGCAAGCGCAGGAGACUUGAGCGGCUGUGCGGCUGUAGUCCUCCAGAAGGGCAGAGCCUGGGCUCAGCGUGGCUAAGCCAUGCAGCCCGGCUUCUGCCAAGGGUCGCAAGAUCCCAUGCACAUGGUUGCGGGCAAAGCUGGGGC